UUGUGUAUCGUGUUACAUAAAAAUAGUGAAAGUCUUGAUUCAGAUUCCACAAAAAGUAGGAAUAAGCAUAUUCAGUUCCAUUUACAAAAAUGUAGACCAGAUUUUCAGUAGUUUGUGUGGGGGUGUUGCUUUUGUAUCUCAGUUUGAAGGUAACCAGUUUGGGGGAUUAACAGCAGUGACAGCUGUCCCAAGAGUGCUGGGAGACAUCCUUUGCUUGAAGUUUAACAAGUAAAAUAAUUAGGGAUUUUUAAAAAUGGUUUCCUGGGCCUCUUCUGAGAAUACUUGUUACUUCCCUAAUUGUAUGUUAAAUAGGAAAACCUGCUGCUCUUCUGUGUAUGGCAUUCAGACAUUAACUACACUGUCUUAUUAGCUAAAUAAAAGCCACUUCUCUGCCACUACCCUUUUUUUUACUUUUCCCCAGGAAAAUCUUCAUAACACAAAUAGACUAAUUAAGUGUGAUGUUUUGAGGUAGUUGAAUGUUUUUAUGGUCAACACUAUCAUCCCUUCCACCAGAGCAUAUGAGCAGACGUGGAUAAACGUGGGUCAGGCUGAAGCUCCCUGCUCAGUGCAAGGGGUGGGUGCCCCUCUCUUCCCAAGGUUUUCUGUUCUGGGUGGCACAUAGGGAGGAGAUAGAGGCAGGUUGGGCCAGGCACAUUCCCCUGCCUGAGGACCAACGUAACCAGGUGACAUCACAAAGGGAAUGGGGCAGGAAUAGCUCAGGUGACAGGAUGGAACACAGGACACAACACCCGAGGCAUUGCUUGGCUUGUUCUACAGAGAUUGCUGUGGUUUCUAAGUUCUCUGCCCUGCCUUAAAAUAGAGUAUCAGCCUCUAAAAAUUCAAGAACAGCAACAUUGGUGGAAGGAUGGCUUGGAAAUGGAAGUAUUCCCACAAGGAAGAGAUGGAGGACACGAGCAGCCGUCACCCGGGGCUCACUGGCCUGCAGAACCUGGAGAACACGUGCUACAUGAACGCUGUUUUGCAGUGCCUGUGCAGCCUGCCCCAGCUGGUGGAGUAUUUCCUCUCGGGGAGGUGGAACACAGCCCUGCGCACGGAGAUCGGAGAGUCUGCAACUGCCUUUGGCUGUUUGAUGUCCGAUAUGUGGCUUGGAGAGUUUGACUAUGUUUCCCCUGAGGCUUUUCAUUCAGUCUUUGGGAAGCAAUACCCAACAUUUAGCAGGAGGACUCAGCACGAUGCGCAGGAGUUUCUGAUCUGUGUGCUGGAUGACCUCCACGAGGCUUUCAAGGAGUCAAGCCAACGCAGAGCUGGUGCAGCAGCAAGAGGGAGUGGCAGUGGCACCUCCAUUAUAACACAGUUAUUUGAGGGACAGCUCAGUUAUGGUAUCACAUGUCUGAAAUGCAACACCAUCACUAACAGACCUGAGAGCUUCACUGUCCUUUCCCUGCCCAUCCCUUCUAGGAGAGUGUGCUCUCUGCAGGAGUGUCUUGACUGCUUCUUUCAGCCAGACACACUGACUCGGAAUAACCAAAUCCACUGCUACUGGUGUGGAACAAACCAAGAUGCCACAGUAAAGGCCACCAUAACCAGGGCACCGCAGAUCAUUAUUUUUCACCUAAAGAGGUUUGCCUGGCAGGACAAGCACAGAAGGAAACUCUCAACCACUGUCGACUAUCCAUUACAGAAUCUGGAUCUCUCUCCCUACAGCUCCACGUUUUCCUACAAAGAAGUGUACAGCUUGUGUGCUGUAGUGAACCAUGCUGGUGAUAUAGAUUAUGGCCACUACACAGCAUUCUGCAAGCACUCAAGCACCAACCACUGGUACAGCUUUGAUGAUGUCCAGGUCACCAAGAUCUCAGAUUCUGCAGUGCAGACUGACACUGCUUACCUCCUCUUCUACACCUGUCAAGGCUAUUGAGAAUCUGCUGGCCCUUGAAGACCAACAGUGAGUAGGGCAGCAACUAGAACCCAUCAGCAGCAUUAGCCAACUCCUACUUCAUCAAUAAACUAGAGCAUUUGCAUUACUGA